AUGGCGCAACAUUUCCGUACCGUCGCUUAUUUCGUCAACUGGGCCAUCUACGGUCGUAAACAUAGGCCGCAGGAUCUGCCCGCCGACAAGUUGACGCAUGUCUUAUACGCCUUCGCCAACGUGCGCCCGGAGUCCGGCGAGGUCUAUCUAACCGAUACCUGGGCGGACACGGACAUCCACUGGGAAGGCGACAGCUGGAACGACGUCGGCACCAACUUGUACGGCUGUCUCAAGCAGCUCAAUCUGCUCAAGCGCAGGAACCGCCAGCUCAAAGUCCUUCUUUCCGUCGGCGGCUGGACCUACAGCAGCAACUUCAAGCAGCCCGCAUCCACGCCCCAGGGCCGUGCCAAUUUCGCCAACUCCUGCGUCGAGCUGAUCAAAAACCUGGGUUUCGACGGUAUCGACGUGGAUUGGGAGUAUCCCCAAUCCCAAGCCGAAGCCGCGGAUUUCGUCGCCUUGCUCUACGCCGUGCGCGAAGCCAUGGACGCCUACAGCCGCACCUUACCCACCCCGUACCACUUCGAGCUGACGGUGGCCUGCCCGGCCGGCGCGCAGAAUUUCACGAAGCUCGACAUUCCGGGCAUGGACCGGGUGCUCGACUUCUGGAACCUGAUGGCGUACGACUUCGCCGGUUCGUGGGACUCGGUGGCGGGACACCAAGCGAACCUGUACCCGAGCGGGUCGAACCCGCGCGCCACGCCCUUUAGCACCGUGGCCGCUGUGGAUUACUACCUGUCGCGGGGCGUAGCGCCUAGCAAGAUCGUGCUGGGGAUGCCGCUGUACGGGCGCGCGUUCCAAGGCACAGAAGGUUUAGGCCAUCCAUACAGUGGGGUCGGCGAAGGAACUUGGGAGAACGGCGUGCACGACUACAAGAAGCUGCCGCUACCCGGGGCUACGGAGUAUUUCGAUCGCGAGGCCAGGGCUAGCUAUUGCUACGAACCUCAGACACGAACGCUGGUCAGCUACGACACGGUGGAUAUGGCGCGGACGAAGGCGUGGUGGAUCCGCGAGGAACGACGGCUAGGCGGCGCCAUGUGGUGGGAAAGCAGUGCCGACAAGGAGGGAGGGGGAAGCUUGAUAGGGAAUGUGGUUGAUGUACUGGGCGGCCCGGGUGCGCUGGAUCGCAGGCCGAAUUUGAUCGAGUAUCCGUAUACCAAGUACGAUAAUCUCAGGGCAGGGUUUCCUAAUAAUUAG